AUGCGGUUGUGGCAAAUCAACGAAGGUGAUGAUUAUCAUCCUGAAAGUAAUCGAAAAAAGAUGUCUGCGGGAGUUCCGCUGACCGAUGAAGACAGGAUCCCUUGGCUUCAAUAUUUAAGAAGUGAGUUUUCAAAGUAUGAAAAUGCUGUAGUGACGUGCAGUGCUUUGAAACGUUCUUAUCGUAAUAUCUUAUCAUACGAUAACGUCAACAACAGUAAGAACAGGAGAAUACUAUUCAUUUUAUUACUGGCAGACAAGGAAUUGCUAGAACAUCGCAUAAAAGAACGCAAAGGUCACUUUAUGCACCCAUCACUUAUUCAAAGUCAACUUGAAAUAUUAGAACCAUUCGAAGGAGAAGAAAAUCUCAUCAUAAAUGCGACUGAAUCUAUCGGCUGCAUUGUCGAUAAGAUAUUGAAAGCAAUAUCUCUACGGCCAACAGAUUAG